AUGGGAAGUCAGUCGAGGUCUCGUUCCAGAGAUCGAUCGUCUCGGCGUCGUGGUGGUGGUGGCAGGGAUCGUGGCGACCAGGAUAGAGGUGAUAUCGGUCUCGAUCCCGUGGUCGGUCUCGGCGGGAGAGGAGACGGUCGAGGUCUCGAGAUCGCAGUAAAAGGUCCAGACGUGAGUCGCCGGAAGCAGCGGCUAGCGUUUUCAGUGCAGCGCCUCCUGCACCGAGACCACAAGGGGAAGGAGUCUCGGCUACUGCAAUGGGGAGGGUAUGGUUCGGAGGUCAAAGGUGAUGCAUCGGAAAGGAGGUUAACGGUGAAGAAUAUCCGUCAGAGGGACUCUAGUCAGCAGUCGGUGAUGGACUUCUUCAAGGGAGCACUAUUUGCCGUUACUGGCAAUGGAGGGAAGACUACGCCACUCCAUCCAGUAGUGUCUGUGUUCUUCCUCAUCUCGGAUGGUCACAGUCGUACAGCUCUCGUGGAGUUCCGAACGCCUAUUGCAGCCACAGUCGCUAUGAGACUCAAUGGUAUCGACUUAGAUGGUCGUAAAUUAGCGAUAACGAGGCCCCACGGCUACAACAAGGAGGACCCAUCCAAGAGCAUCACCGCUGAGGACAUACAAAAGGUUACUAUCGAGGAACUGUGUGGAGGGUCCUCUACUAAGAAGACUGCUCCAGGGUCUAACCUACAAUUAGGGAUAUACCAUCUCCCACCGGUGAUGACGGAGACCUAUUUGAGGGACCUAUUGGAACAGUUUGGUGCUCUCACUAUGGUCAGCCUCAUCAGAGAUAAGACAACGGGCUUAAGCAAGGGCUAUGGUUUCUGUCAAUUCGAAGAUCCGAAUGAUGCGGAUAGAUGCCUAUAUGCCCUUGACCAGUUCGUUUUGGGUAACUAUAGCCUCAGUGUGACCAGACUCGUUCCAGAUGCACAGCAAGGAGGAGCUGCGGGGAUAGGAGGCGCUGGUGUAGGCCCGGCGACCAACCUGGCUGAUGGCUCAUCGGGGGUAGCAGUCGUUCAGUCUAUGACGGCUCGAGUGCUGGCCAACCCAGCUCUGGCGGCUCAGCUGAAGGCUGGGCGAGAGAUAGGGUCGACUCCUAGCACAGUAGUACAACUUCUUAAUGCUGUUUAUAUAGAGGACCUGAUGUCGGAGACUGAGGUAAAGUCAAUUGAAGAUGAGAUACGUGAGGAGGCCCAGAGGCACGGAACUGUGUUGGAGGUCCGAGUUCCACGGCCAUCGGCGAGUCUAACACCAUAUGCCAAUGGCGUUGGGAAGAUCUUCGUGCAGUUUGCGGAUAUCACAGCAGCUAGGAAGUUUCAAGCUACGAACAAUGGGAGGAAGUUUGACGAUCGAGUCAUGUGUGCAGCAUUCUACCCAACUGACAGGUAUAAAAUGGGUAAGUACACCCUGUACAACGUAGAGAGUAUGACAAUGGCAGUCAGACCAGUCCAGGCCCCACCACCUAAGCCUCCACCACCUACUGCUGGGUCGGGUCCGAUGACCAUUGGAGAGGAGGAGGAAGAGGAAGGUGGCAGUGAACACAAGACUGGAGCGGAGGCGGCGUCUGGUGGUGCUCUUGUGAAGGAGGGAGCCCCAGAUAAGGUUGAUAAUAACGACGAUUGUGAGGUUGUCGACUAA